AUGGCGUCGUCGUUUGCAUCUAGUACCACCUCGCCUCCUCUCCCACCCCCUGAACCACCAGAUCUAGCUGCCGUUUCUGCUCGUUUGUCAUCAGAUCCUCCCCUCAAACCUCCGGAUCCGCCUGACCCUCCAGAUCCUGUGGCCUCUUCCUCCGUUCUCUACCUCCCCUCGGACAUCGCUGCCAUCCCUCCUCCACAAAUGCGUUUUCAAGAUCUAGAUCCGGGUGAUUCCCUUCUAGAUCCGACUUCUGCCUUUAGUGUUGGUAUGGCUUCUCUGCGACGCCAAGUUGUGAAGCCCUCUCACCGUCUCACCACCCCUCUCGAUCUGUGGAUGUUCCCGGAAGCUUCAGUCACAGCUCCUUUGUCGGAUGGUGGCUCUUCCGCUGUCACUCUCACCACCUUUCACCUCUUGCUCUCCCAGGUUUACUACUCCUUGUCUCCUGCUUUCCCUUCAGUGGUUUGCUCUAGGAUUUUAGAGGAAAGUUUAGCUCUGGUUUUGUGUAUGCCGAGUGUGUUACCUCCAGAUCUGAAGACCUCUGUUUCCCGGAUUCCCAACCUAUUGCCCAUUGGUGGCUCUUUUAACGCCUUUGUGCGUUUCAUUACUGCAGUAUGCAGAGUUGUUUCCGUCAUGAUGAUGGGUUAUACUUCAUGUUCUUUCUCUAUGUGGCAGAUUAGAAAGAAUUGCCUUGAUUGCAUCCCUCCAGUUAAUCUGGAUUUGGACUUUCAUAGUCCUCACCGCUCUGUUAAGGAGCUUAUUCUCCUCCCUAGUACUUCACUUGUUUUGAGUGUUAUUGUUGCAGGGAGCAUCGUGUUGAAGGUUGUUCUGGUUAGAGCAGUAAACAAAAGACUUUUCGUGUCUCAGUCAUCAGUUGAUAUUGUUGACGGUUUGACCUUCUCGUCAUUGGAGGUGUUUAUCCUCCUCGUGGUAUUCUUGAUCAAGACCACAUAUGGUUCUUUGGUCUGA